UGGAAAGCUAGUUACAAAUCCCACUUGACUACACAGCUUCAGGGGAAUCUUUUUUUUUAUAUCUACUUCUACAUUUAUCCAUCACAAUGUACCGACCAGUCAUUGUUGUCCUCUGCUCACUGUUCUUACUUCAGACCUGUGUGCAAGGAAUGUCCCUGUUGGGGAAAAGACGCUGUCUGUGCAAGAGACCUGGUGCCGAUCAUGUGGACCUUAAGCAGAUCAAGAAAUUUGAAGUGUUUCCACCAAGUCCCAAGUGUGAGAAAAUGGAAGUCAUCGUUACAUUCAAGAAUGCCACAAGAGGAAUGUGCCUCAAUCCUGACUCCAAAUUGGUGAAGUCACUGAUUUACUAUGCAAAGAAAAGGUCAUCUGGAAAGUAAAAAGAUGACAGCAGUGACUACACUACUCAGUAUAAUCCAAUGCAAAUAUACGUUAUACCGAACAUCACCUUUUUGUAACCAUAUUGACUAGUAACUAUAUAUGUAAUGAUUCUUGCUUAAGAGUAAUGUAGUCAAAAGGAAAAGCAAAACCUUUCACCCCUGUUUAGAUCUGCUAAGCAAAUACUAAAAUUGAUUCAAUACAAUAAAUGAACAGAACAUUCUAAAAGGCGAUAUAGUAUCUAUUGGCAUUUUUAUAAAUGGAAAAAAACCUAUAAAUUCAUGAUUAAUAGCAAAAAAAAUAUAUAUAUAUAUAUAUAUAUAUUAAAAAUUGGAUAAACCAUCACUGUGUAAUCACAGAAUAAACAGGGCAAAGUUGCAGUGCCAGGUACAGCUGCAUUUGCCCGCCUGGCUACUGUAAUCGCAUAAGCAAAGUAAGGAGCGAGGCACUCCCCGGAGCACUGCAACUCCUCUAUACUGCUGAUUAGAGAUGAGCGAAUUUACAGUAAAUUCGAUUCGU